GAAAAUUCAUGCAAAUGUCAGGGAGUGCAGCUGGUUUCGCUUGGCAGCUAUUUUUUUUCGGAAUGAUUGAACCAGUGCUGAUAACUUUUAGCCUAAGGUUUCAUUUAAAGUUUUAAUUCACGCUGAGUACCAGAUGAAUCGGGGUGACCCACGCUAUCUUUAUCGCUAUUGAAAUAAUUUUACUUGAAGUGUUGAACGAUAAAAUCGUCGUUUAAGUCGAGAAACCCGUUGUUGGUUCUUCUGGCAAAUAACUUCGGUGUCAUGAUGGCAUACACUGUAGCUAAACUCGAAAAAGAUAAAAGAAAGUCGAAAAUAAUGGCCGAUGACGUCACGGUCAUUACCCCGGAUGUUCUUCACGUGGAACAGGUGAUGGCCCUUGCCCAGUCCCCCUCUGCUGGUGCUGUUUCGCUUUUUGUUGGAACUACCAGAGACAACUUCGAAGGCAAGAAUGUGGUACGGCUGGAAUAUGAAGCCUACAUCCCAAUGGCAAGUUCAGAGAUGAGGAAGAUCUGUAAAUUGGCGCGCGAAAAAUGGAAUAUUAUGAAAAUAGCUAUUUACCACCGAAUAGGGAUCGUCCCUAUUGGGGAAGCGAGUGUUAUCAUCGCCGUGUCUUCAGCUCACAGGAAGGAGUCCCUUGAGGCUGUCAGCUUUAUCAUCGAUACAUUAAAAGCGACGGUGCCUAUAUGGAAAAAGGAAAUCUAUGAACAGGGUGAAGCUCAAUGGAAAGAAAACAAGGAAUGUAGCUGGCGCUCAGUCAAGAUGUCCACCGUCUGACUUGACACAGGGAGCCAGUCAAGAUAUCCGUCUGACCUUACACAGGAAGCCCAACUUCCACGCUUAAAGAAAAGGUCACAGUUUGACCAAAGUUUGAACUAGUUCUGAGCUUUGCGUUGUUGUCGAUAUAGAUUUUUAGCUCAUGUGUUCUCCUAUUGCUCUAACGACUGGAAUACUGCGAAAUGGCUUUCGUUUUACGGUAAACUUUAUUCAAACUGUGACCUUUUUUUUUUGGACCGUAGGAGUGAGCUCCCUCUGACCUGAGAAAUGAAAUGCAGAAAGUAGGGAGUAAAUAGAGCCGCCAUUGCUGGCCCCCCAACGGCGAUGCUGUUUAUACACCAUGUUGGGAGUUGCUGAAAAGCAAAAGAUAUUCGCCAGCAUUUCCACUCUCUUGUGGUCAGUUAAGCUUGGCGGGGUAGUGCUAGCGGAUGUUGGCGGUGAUUGCACGGGGACUCCUUGCCAUAAGCAGAUAAGAUACGCAAUCCGUGAUAGAUAGUCUGCAUUGCAAGCGUUCCAUUUUCCUGGGUAACAGAAGUUAUCGCGCCGCCGAACACCCGAAGGUGCGACAAACGGAUGUCCAGCAUCGGCGGAAAUUUGUCGUGCCUUAUCACUCGGCCAGAAGCCUAUGCGCAAUUGGUAUCUGUCAUUCUGUGAACGGAGCUUCAUCGGGUACUCUGUAGAGAGUAAACCUGGCGCUUUUCUUUUUUGCGUGGUACCCUUCAAAAAUGUACUGGUCGGCAAAAGCUUUUUUAUAUAGAGUGGUUUUGAAAAACCCAUGAAAUACUAUUUAGUUUAUUUAGUACUAAUACACUGUAAUGUCUUUGUUUUCUUUUGUUCUGGCUUGACUAUUACACUUUAACAAUUAUAUUUUGUUGCACGAGAAUUUGAAAACCACAGAAUACAGUUUAAUCACUUUAUUGAACUUUGCACCAAGUUAAUUUCAUAGGAGAGAAUUCCCAGUGGUUGCACUAGUCAUUGGUUCAUUUUAUCUAAAAGUUCAUAAUACACUUUAUCUUAUAAACCUGGCGAUUGCUUUACAGUAAAUACACAAAUAAAUAUGGCA